UGUAGCGAAAGCAGCCAUGUUUUACUCUGGCAGUGAGUAACCUUCGUUGUUUUAACUUGAUUUUCAAAUUUUCUCCGUUUUGAAAAUUUGAAUUUAUCACAAUGUCUCGUCAAUCGACUGUUCGUGCCGACAAUAGAAAAGUGGUGAGUUGUUUGGUUCGUUUGAAGGCUUCAAAACCAGUGUCAUGAAGAGCCAGGAUUAUUAACGAAGGCAAUUUGAUUUUCACUCUUAUCUAGAGUGCAGAGCUGUUUGUCCUGACACACGGAGCACUUGUAGCACAGCUGGUUAAAGACUAUGAGAGUGAUGAAGAAGUGAACAAGCAGCUUGACAAAAUGUGAGUAGUUAUUCAAAGAAACUUCUACAGAGAUGUAAUGUAAGCAUGGGAAAGAAGCCUUACGUUGUUAACCCCUGAACUUUCCGAAGUGAUUUACAUAAGACUUCUCCCUACAAUAUCCCUACACUAUCCAGCAAAUAGGUAAUGAGAAUACUCCAACUCAUCAGAUUGAAUUGUUGUCCUGAUUGUAUAAUAACUUCUCAUUAGUAAUCUACAUGUAAAAUAGAAAUGUGUAGAUGCUAGAGGGGAGAAUUAACAACAAAAUCUUGGGAGUGAAAGGGUUAAGUUAUUACUGUGUAAAUCAUUCAUUACAAUGGUGACAGACUACCCUGGGAAAGUGCAAGUUGCAAGGGAUUUAGAAGGAUGAGGUAGUUAACAGCUUCACUGCAUUUAGCUCGUUAAAAUCCACACUUCCAGAAAUUAUCUCCUUUCAUUACCUCCUUUUUUUUCUCAAGGUGUCAAGGAGUAUUGCUACUUCCUGUGGGUGGUAUAUAGGUUCAAUGUAUGUUACUACCCGCCCUUACCUAGCAAUUGAUCAGUUCUCAUUACAGUUUGCUUGGUACUGUCAUUUUGUACUUACGGGUGGAGAGAGGUAACAUGUCUUUCCCAGGUUUACAGUCAAGUCGCCUGAGAGUUAUCUCGCUCGUGGUCAUGUCACCCGAAACCUGAGUCAUGUUGCCUGAAAUUCUAGUAAUGUUGCCCGAAAAAAAAAGUCAAGUUGCCCGAAGAAACAAAUAUUGAAAAUAUCAGAAUUUCAGACUUUAUAAAUAGGCAAUAAAAAUGAGAAUUUUUUAUCACUAAAGUGAUAGUCUCCCCUGUUGUUUGUUUCUAACAACAAAGGGAAACGUUGUUCGUUUCCAACAACAAAAUGAGACAUUGAGAAACUUUAUCUUGGUUUCUAACAAUACCAUGAAGACUUUGACUACACAGAAAUCGAUUGUAUGGUCAGAAUUGAAAUCUGUUUGAGUAAUGACUCUAAAAAAACAUUGUUUGUUUCUAAGAACAAAAUGGAGCACUGUUUGUUUAGUAUGUACUUCUUUCUUACUCACAGACCUUUCAUAAGUUUGAGAAACUUUUCCUUGGUUUCUAACAAAGCCACGAAGACUUUGACUACACAGAAAUCAAUCAUAUGGUCAAAAUUGAGGUCUUUGCAAUCCUUCGGUCUGAGACGCUGGUGCACCAUGUUAGCUGCCCUGAUGUUUUCGUGUGGUUUGGGUAGCUUCCCUUUCUUGUUAGAAACGAACAAUGCUUUUAGAGUAGUUACUCAAACAUAUUUCAAGUCUGACCAUACAAUCAAUUUUUACAGUCAAAUAUUAAACUUACAUUUUACUAGGAAUCUUGUGAUACUCUUAAGUCAUUCAGUUUGUUUCCUAAUGUCAAAACUAUCUCAAAACUGAAAAUGGAACAUGGUGUUGAAUUAGAAAUUUAAAAAAUUUGCCAUCAUUGUUCACAUUCUUUAGACAAUGCAAAGUUUGGUCAUUUCACAUUGAUUUUUUGCAGAGGAUGCAAAGAAAUUUGCAAAGAUUUAUAAUGCACCUGUAUAGCCAUUGUUCUGCUUAUUAAACCUUUCCUUUAGUAAACUUCCCAUUGCCAUUGCCAUCAUGGUUUUCUUAAAUUCCAUAUUUUCCCAAAGAAGGAAGUGUGAAUAGGGUGAUUAUUUUCCUUAUAGGGGUUAUAAUAUUGGUGUGCGAUUAGUAGAGGACUUCUUGGCAAGAUCCAAUGUUGGAAGGUGUCAUGACUUUCGAGAAACUGCUGAUGUUAUUGCCAAGGUUAGUUAAAAUUCCUAGAAAAAAGUUUGAUGAACUUCUCUACCUAAGAGUGCAGAUCAUAUGAAAGUGAUAGAACGAUUUCUGGCAACAUUUCUAUUUGUCAGUUCUUAUUGCACCUGAGGGACACUAAGUGUAGCUUAAAAUGUUUUUGGUGAGUCAGAACUCACAAAAUACUAAAACCACAGAGGGAUGUCUGAGGAGGAGGUGAAUUAUGGAGUUCCAAGCCUGAAUGCUUGGAAGUAUGUUAGUGUGCUCUAAUAAUGAACAAAAUCAGUGACCACACCAUGUUGACUUAGUAUUUUUUUAACUCCCUAUUUAGCGACAAAUUUGAAUUUUCAAUAUCCCCCUUCCCUACUUCUGCUGAAAAGUAUAGAAAAAAUAUAUAACUGACAGUACCUCUUUAAAUUUUUUUACAGUCUCUUUUAAAUUUAUUUUAAAAAAUAUAUGCUUGAUUUCUGAAAGUGAUGUUUUUCUUUACUAUUUGCUUUUUUUUCCCUUUUUUCUUAACAGUUGGGAUUUAAAAUGUUCUUGGGUAUUUCACCAGUGGUAACAAAUUGGAGUGCAGCAUCAGAUGAAUUUUCCUUAAUACUAGACAACAAUCCCAUGGCAGAGUUUGCUGAGUUGCCAGAAGGACAUGAAGGACUUCUUUUCUCCAACAUACUUUGUGGUGUCCUGAGGGGAGCCCUUGAAAUGGUAAGAGUCCAAGGGGCGUUGAUAUGUCCUUACAAUCAGGAGGACUUACAUUUACCACAGCUUUAAAACUUUCCUCCCACUUAGUGAACACUUCGUAAAUUGUGCAAUCUACAAAUUUCCUUGUAAAUUAGUAGUGAGAAACUGGUGUCGAAUUUAGAUCUCAACUUUGACCUGAUAAGGUUGAGUAUUCUCAUCACCUGUUUGGUGGAUACUUAAUGGAUAUUGUAUUGAGAAGUUACAUGCUAAUCACUUCUGUGAGGUAAAGGGUGAAUAAUGCACUUGGAAAAAUUAGGUGGUCCUGACUGGAUGAAAACAAGUGCAUUCUCGUGUAACACAUAUGCAUAGUUGUAACACGAGUGCAAAGUGGUAACACUGGUGCAAAUUACAAAUAGCGUGCACGCUCUCAAAAUUUUGUCUGUCUCGACUUUCAGUGAGAUUUUUUCCUGUACAUUAUUAACAAGUACUAGCAUGAUUUCUCUUGCCAUUUGGUGUGAUUAAAGGGCUUGUGCAAUUUUGUUGUCUUUGAAAAUUUUACUGGAGCCUAUUAACCCCAAAUUGCACUUGCAGUCAUAUUACAUCAUUUGCAAAUAGCACCCAACUAGUAUCUGGUAGGCAUGGGUCUGAAUCCCAUCGAAGCCUGAAUUUUGUCAAGCAUCUUUUCUGCAGUUUCUUAAAUUGUAGCUUACUUGUGAAGAUCCUUGUUUUGCUUUAACAAGACCUGAUAAAAUUAUUAGAACAAAACAAUAAUUGACAUUUUAGGCCUGUAGUAACUGAUAUUACAGCUCAGUAAUGAGGUCUGUCAAAUUUCCUAGAAACCUAAAAAUUAUUGAGUUAUCUCAUAAAUUGCUGUAAAGCCUAGUCUGUAUCUCCUCGUUCUUCAAAAACUGCUGACAUGGUGGAAACAAAUAAUCUUUUUUUUGCAUUAUUUCCCUCUCAGGUACAAAUGGAAGUUGAUGUUUGGUUUGUUCAUGAUUCGUUAAGAGGCGACGAGACAACAGAAAUUAGACUCAAGUUUAUAAAGAAGUUAGAAGAUGCUCUCCCCGCUGGCGAGGACUAA